UCGCGAAUAUUCUGCUCUCGCCUCGCCCGUCUCCGCAUAUCCUCUCUCCCCCUUCCCUUUCCCCUCUAUUUCACCACCCCCAUCCGCCGCAGGACCGCCGAACGCCCUCACAAUCCCUUGAUCCUCCCACCCUCAUCGCCAUUGGAGAUCGUGCGAGGAGGCGAGGACCCUUUCCGUGGGCCUGGGGCGAUGAAGUUCGGCAAGAGCCUGAGCAGCCAGAUCGUGGAGACGCUGCCGGAGUGGCGCGACAAGUUCCUGUCCUACAAGGACCUCAAGAAGCGGCUCAAGCUCAUCGGCAUCGGCGCCGACGGCGAGGAGCGGCAGGCCAAGCGGGCCCGCGUCUCGGACCCCGCCGGGGACGGCGGCGACGAGGCGGCGGCGGCGGCGAUGACGCCCGAGGAGGCGGACUUCAUGCGGCUCCUGGAGGCCGAGCUCGACAAGUUCAAUUCUUUCUUCGUCGAGAAGGAGGAGGAGUACAUCAUCCGCCAGAAGGAGUUGCAGGACAGGGUCGCCAGGGCGGCCGGGAUGGAGUCCAGGGAGGAGCUGCUGCGUGUGCACAAGGAGAUCGUCGACUUCCAUGGCGAGAUGGUGCUGCUUGAGAAUUACAGCGCCCUCAACUACACCGGGCUGGUGAAGAUUCUCAAGAAGUAUGACAAGAGAACUGGGGCUCUUAUCCGUCUGCCCUUCAUCCAAAAUGUGCUGCUUCAGCCUUUCUUCACCACUGACCUCCUGUACAAGCUUGUGAAGGAGUGCGAGGCCAUGCUCGACCAGCUCCUGCCAUCAAGCAAACCAUCUGUAUAUAUUGAAGAGGGAAAGGAAGAUGGCAACACUGCGGACCAGCCUCUGAACCCCAGUUCUUCCUUGGCUAACAGCAGAUGUAUUCCGGAGCUUGAUGAGAUUGAGUUCAUGGAGAGCAUGUACAUGAAGAGUACGGUCGCCGCGCUUAGGGCUCUGAAAGAGAUCCGAAGCAAAAGCUCGACAGUCAGUGCUUUCUCGUUGCCACCUCUUCAGGGAAACAAUGCACCCGAAGAGCAGGAAAGGUGGACGAAGAUAUCUGUGAUCGAGCAGGCUGCCAAAUGAGAAGACCGACACUGUGACACACGACACCUCUUACUCAGUCAACCUUAAUCUUGAUGUUCGCUGGAGAUGCAACCAGGAUCUCACCUGUUACAUUUCAGUAAUUUGUAAAAUUCGAUGAUUCCUAACAGCUGUAAAAUGGUGGAAAUGUUCAGUGUACAUUGUUAAAUCAUAUAAUGCCAUCGAAACCAUCAGAGUGAGCCUAUAAGGUUUUAUUCACUACUGUGAAUUAAAUCAUGUAUUUUUUGCUGUUC